AUGGCUUCCGAAUGCAACAAGUCUUUCUGUAGAGAUUAUAUGCUCCUAAAGCCAGAGGAAGCUGGCUUGGUGGAUGUCUUUCGCAUCUUAUUUUCCGAUGACAUCGGGAAGAGAAAAUUUAUCGACUGCCCAGAGGGGAAACAGCUGGCGCCAUUCAAGCGUAGAUUGCUGAUCUUUGUUUUUAUCUUGGUGCAGAAGCUUUUGCUAGCAGUAGAGAAACCCAUGGAAUGGUUUGGUUCUUUGGUUGAGCAAUGGUUAAAUCUUCUGUCGAGCAACGGCAGUUUAUCGAGUCUCGUGCUCAACUUCUUACGUGGACAAGUAAUAUAUCCGGAAAAAACCGCAAGGAGUUUCAUGUCCAUUGUCGGACAUGUCGAUAAUCGUCGAGAGUUAGAUGACAAGAUAAAACAAGGAGAUAAAAGAUACUAUGCUUCACUUUCUAUGAUGGCUGCUAAAGUAUCUUACGAGAACAAGGCCUACAUUGAAUCUACAGUCAUGGACUACUGGAAGAUGGAUUUUUUGGGGUCCUACAAUUUUUGGAACGAUUAUCAAGGGAAAGCUACAACACAAGCGUUCAUGUUCAAUGACCAAAAUGAUAAAAUCGUCAUCGCUUUCAGAGGCACCGAAGCCUUCGAUGCAAAUGCUUGGUCUACCGACUUCGAUUUCUCUUGGUACGAUAUUACAGGCCUCGGAAAGGUGCACGGUGGAUUUAUGAAAGCUCUAGGUUUGCAGAAGAACGAGGGAUGGCCUCAAGAACAGGCAGCAGAUAAGAAACAAGAAGUAGCCUACUAUGCCAUUAGGAAGAUACUGAAAACACUUCUGCAGAAAAAUGAAACGGCGAAGUUUAUAAUUACUGGCCACAGCUUGGGUGGUGCACUGGCAAUUUUAUUUCCGGCAAUUUUGGCGUUCCAUAAGGAGACAUCGUUGCUAGAAAGAUUAGAGGGGAUAUAUACGUUUGGUCAGCCAAGAGUAGGAGAUGAAAAUUUUGGAGAAUUCUUGAACGAACAAUUAAGAAAAUACAACAUUAAUUAUUACAGGCUUGUUUACAGUUUUGAUUUGGUUCCUAGAUUGCCUUUCAAUGAUUCCACCUUCAUGUUCAAGCAUUUGGGCACUUGCAUUUACUAUAAUAGCUUCUACCAAGGAAAAAUUGUGGCUGAAGAGCCAGACAAGAAUUAUUUCUCUCUUAGAUGGCUUAUACUGAAGAUCAUAAAUGCCCUCUGGGAGCUAAUAAGAAGCUUUAUUAUUCCAUAUAUAGGAGGAGCAGACUACAAAGAAGGUGGUUUUCUUCGAUUACUUAGGGUGAUCGGCUUGUUAACUGCAGGAUUACCUGCUCAUUGUCCCCAAGAUUAUGUUAAUGCUACUAGAUUGGGACCAUUGGAUGUUUAUCUUAAUUAA